CCCAUUCACAGGGGAACUUACUGUUAGGGAGGUUGGGUCUUUUUGAAAUAGAUAAUCUUCGUCUCUCGCCCUCGGUCAGAUUACCAAAGUGCGCUCGUUGCCUGGAAUCCAGCCUUAAACCAGGACCCGAUGAUAUGAAGCCCCUUUGGGUGUUACCCCUGUUUCUCUUCCUGCUGUGUUUCAUCUCUCCUCCAGGAGAAGGGGCGAAAAGUGGAGAUGACAACGAGCAGGUAAAUAGACCGAGUAAAAGACGUAAAGGCAAAUCCUUGCCUACCAAGGGAGCACUGACCACAAAAGAAAGUCAUUCGUGUUCCUGGGAUAUCACUGGGGAGGAAGAGUUAACUCUUCAGGUCAGUUGCAGUUACCAAGGCGGCAGCUACUGGUGCAAAUAUUCAGGGAGGCCGCAGACUUGCCCCACUUACAACACUAAAGCCAGUCAGUACUGGAAACAGGUCAUUGGCAAAGUGAGGAGAAAGAAACAUGCCUGCGAGGGAGAUAAAACCUUAAAGACGCGGAUCUGCAAAAAGGGACCAACAGAAUCGCAGUUGAAACUGAAGGAAAAGAGUUUGGACCCGGACAAGCGGGUGGACAAAGUUUAUUACAAGGGGACUGGACGCAAGAAGGAGUUAAUGAAAGAGCUAACCCAGAACAGCACGGUGUUGGACCAAGUUGACUCCACCGAGAAACCGCUUAAAAAGAAUAGGAAAAAAUCCAAAGCGUCGGAAUCUAUGAAAAGCAAGGAGUCCAGCGCAUUGAGUGAAAUGAAUAAUGAUAAUCCCGAGUUUCAGGAGGAGCUGUCCCAGGUUUACUGUGCUGAGAAGUGGCAUUCGCUCUGUUCAUUCUUCGUCAGCUUGUGGAAUGGCUAGUUAAAUACACACGCUUUCCUUACAUUUAGCAGAACUAGUACGCAGUCUUAGGCGUGUCCAUAUGAAAUAUCUACUUACCCCAGUGUGAUUAACAUUCAUUAAUAAA